AUGGAUGAUCCCGAUGAUCUCUCUGAGAUUUUUGCUUAAGUAUAAGGUGUGGAUAAAAGAAUAUACUCUUUGAUAAUUUAGAUGCAAGAAAAAUAGAAUACUAGAGAUUGGAUGGGAUUUCUUUCAGAUUAUGAAAAUCUAAGACAUCUAGAAGAGUAGAUUUCACAAAAAGAGGAUUCAACACAAGAAGAAAAAGAAUAAAGGAUGGAUGUUAUGAGAAAUAACAUCAAACUAAUUCUUAAUGUCAUUUUAAAAAUUAAAGAUCAUGAUUUUAAUAAAUAAGACUAUUCUGAUUAACGAUAUUUGCGACAGAGACAGGAUCUAAUAAAAAGAAUAAGAGAAUAAAAAGAGAUCAUCGGAUUUGUAAAAUUCUUAGUUCACCUCACAGCCUAUGAUGAAAAUUUAAUACAAUGUGGAUCAAACUCACUAAAUUUAUUAGUUAAUAUGAAAGUCGACAUUAGAAAUUAAAAUUUUGAAAACAUCAGAAUUAAGAAUACUUCUUUAUUCGGAGCUAAUUUUUUUAGGUGCAACUUAAGCGGAUCAUAACUAGAUAAUGUAGACAUAAAUGGAAUCAAUUUAAAUGGAGCUUUAUUAAUUAAUUGUUAAUGGACCAACUUAAGAAUACUUGAGCAUAAUAAAAUGGAUGGUCAUACUCAUAUUGUCUUCUCACUUUGCUUCUCUCCUGAUAGUACCACAUUAGCAUCUGGUAGUGCAGACAAGUCUAUCCGUUUAUGGGAUGUUAAGACAGGAUAAUAAAAGUCUAAAUUAGAUGGUCAUACUGAUAUUGUCUUCUCAGUUUGCUUCUCUCCUGAUGGUACUACAUUAGCAUCUGGUAGUCAGGACAAGUCUAUCCGUUUAUGGGAUGCUAAGAAAGAACAAUAAAAGUCCAAAUUGCAUGGUCAUAGUAGUUCAGUCUACUCAGUAUGCUUCUCUCCUGAUGGAACUAUAUUAGCAUCUGGUAGUUAUGAUCAUUCUAUCCGUUUAUGGGAUGUUAAGACAGGAUAAAAAAAGUCCAAAUUAGAUGGUCAUACUUAUGCAGUCUACUCACUAUGCUUCUCUACUGAUGGUACUACAUUAGCAUCUGGCAGUGGUGAUAAUUCUAUCUGUUUAUGGGAUAUUAAGACAAGGAAAAAAAAAUUCAAAUUGCGUGGUCAUCGUUAGUCAAUUGUAUCAGUAAGCUUCUCUCCUGAUGGCACUACAUUAGCAUCUGGUAGUACAGAUAAGUCCAUCGGUUUAUGGGAUGCUAAGAAAGGAUAAUAAAAGUCCAAAAUUGAUGGUCAUAGUAGUUAUGUUCAAUCAGUAUGCUUCUCUCCUGAUGGAACUACAUUAGCAUCUGGUGGUUAUGAUCAUUCUCUCCUUUUAUGGGAUAUUAAGACAGGAUAAUAAAAGUCCGAAUUGGAUGGUCAUAGUGAUUAUGUUCGGUCAGUAUGCUUCUCUCCUAAUGGUACUUCAUUAGCAUCUGGUAGUGCAGACAAGUCUAUCCGUUUAUGGGAUGUUAAGACAGGAUAAUAAAAGUCCAAAUUUGAUGGUCAUAGUAAUUAGGACUUGUCAGUAUGCUUCUCUCCUGAUGGUGCUACAUUAGCAUUAGGUAGUAGUGAUAACUCUAUCCGUUUAUGGGAUGUUAAUACUGGAAAAGAAAUUUAAUUUUCAAAUAAAAGUUAUAAAGAUAUUCUAGCAUAAUUCAAAACUCCAAUCUUUUAAAACUAUCCUCCACGAAGUAUUUAUUUAUAAUCUAAAUUUAGCUUAAAAUUAUCCUAUUCUUAUUAUAUCUCAAUAAGUAAUUAUUUAAGCAUAAGGAGCAUUUAUCUUGAAAGGAAAAUUUGUCAAUCAUUAAGGGUUAGAUUUAAAACCAUUAUUACAAUCUUAAGACAGUUGUUUAUUGGAAAGAUAAAUUUAAAUUUAAAAUUGA